AUGCCAUCAGGAAAGAAAGAUCAUGAUUUGAUUUCAAUGGCGCUUCCCAAACCCGCUGAACCUCUACAAGAAUAUCAUGUCGAGCUCAGUUCCCAAAUCUCUGCAGGUUACAAACCACGAAAAGAAGUCUAUAAUUGUUGUUCUACCUACCGAGAUCAUUGCAAACGUCAUGGACAUCUUGGUCCCACAUUUGGCGUAGUGUUUGGCCUUACUUGUCAUGAUGUAUUUGAUGAGUACAAGCGUCAGUACCCGAAUUCAGAUGCCCUACUUCUGGAAACCCGUCUAUGGGAUCAAGACUCAGAGGAAGACGUUCAGCACCCACUAUUUCGACCAUCCGCUCGACUUCAUGAACUACUUGGUGAAUGGAUGGCAAGAGGCGAUACCACAAAAUACUUCUACUUUCGAGAUCAAGCUCUCGGAUCAUCCGACCUCUUGAUGUACUGCGCCACACCAGGAUGCGACGUUGGCAAGUUUCUGCCCCGUGACAUUUAUGGCGAGGAAGCUGAUCCUUCUGGCCAUGCUUUAAGACAGUUGCUUCUGGCAUGGUGCGCCUACGUUGAAAUUCAGAGAGGAUGGCUACAGUUUCGUGGAGAUGAUGAGUCUCCACACUAUCCUUCUCCGUUUAACAUGGGUGGAAAAGCAUGGUUUGAUGAGAUGUGUAGAAUUAUGAAUGUAUACAAGAACAGAGAACCAGAACACAUAUUCUUAUACAUCAUCAGAAUAGCUAUCGGUGUAGCUAAUAAGAAGUAUGGCCAAGAUUCUUCAGUCAUUGAAGCGAGAAGAAAGCAGUUGCGGAAACAGUAG